GCUAGUUCCUACGCCUAUCUGCUGAAAAAAGUGAAAGAUGUUGGUUUUCUUCCACGGCUGAAGCAUUGAUACAACUUACAAGAAAUUCUUAACUUAGAUUAUUCAUAGCAUUGUUUAUUUUUAGAGCCACCCCCCAUAAUCGAAUCCACCAGUCAUUGUGAUACAGGUCAGGAAUCAGGAUGCCAUUGCCAUGAUUGCACACGACAUAUGUAUUUUUGUUUAAAAAUUAAACUUAAACUAAAGUCUACGAACUCAUAUCACUCUACCGUUGUCAUUAGCUAGAAAAAUGAGUGUUGGUGACACUGCACUGUUUGUAUUUGCCAGGAAGAGGAAGCACAUGCACUUGUGACUGUUUGACUUGGACUGAUGGAUGAAGUCGAAUUGAACAUAAUUUAUAGAAAUAAUUUUUGUCCUACUUGCUUUGGCUUUGAACUUCCUUGUGAACUGAAACUGAAUUCUGAAAGUAGACUUUGAAUUUUAUAAUUUUCUAUCUUGUGAAUAGUUUAAUUAACAAUGACGGUGUCAAUACGAGGUGUGCAUUUGGUACGAUGGUUAGUUCUGAUAGGGAUGUUCGCUCUGAUGAUAUUGUGGUACUUCCAACGCAACAAGAACCUUCAGCUCGAUUACAUGAAAUCUUUGCAGGAACCGAGCCUCAAGCUCCAGAAUGGAGACUUUGUUCUCAAUGGGGAGGAGGUCACCAUCCUCUCAGGGAGCAUGCAUUACUUCCGGGUCGUGCCAGAGUACUGGGAGGAUCGCCUCCGAAAGAUGAAGAGUGGUGGACUCAACACUGUUACCACGUAUGUCCCUUGGAAUCUACAUGAACAAGUCAGAGGGGAUUUUGAUUUCUCAGGCAUUCUGAAUGUUGUAGAGUUCUUGAAAAUAGCCCAAAAGGUUGGCCUAUAUGUUAUUUUUAGACCAGGACCUUACAUCUGUGCCGAAUGGGAACUCGGUGGACUGCCAAGCUGGUUAUUGGCAGACGAUGAAAUGAAAGUAAGGACAACCUAUCCCCUGUUUACCGAAGCAGUCACCAAGUACUUUGAUCACCUCAUUCCAAAGGUUGUCCCACUUCAAUACAACCGAGGUGGACCUAUUAUAGCAUUCCAGGUGGAGAAUGAAUAUGGUUCCUAUGGUGACAGCGCAGCAUAUAUGGAAUUUGUUAAAGAGGCUAUGGUGACAAAAGGCGUGACAGAAUUAUUAGUGACAUCAGAUAACUCAAAGAAGGCUAUGAAAAAUGGACGAUUGCCAGGUGUUCUGAUGACAGCAAACUUUCAGGACAACGUGGAAAGACACUUUGGAGACUUGAAGGCUUUACAGGGUGACAAUCUCCCCUUGAUGACCAUGGAGUUCUGGUCGGGCUGGUUUGACCAUUGGGGUGAGAAGCAUCACAUCUACUCGGCCGAUGGCAUUGCCGACCUCACCAAGAGUAUCCUGGUCAAGGGAGCGUCCAUCAACUUCUACAUGUACCACGGCGGGACGAACUUUGGGUUCAUGAACGGAGGCAACGUAGAUAAGGGCAUCUACAAACCCACCGUAACUAGCUAUGAUUACGAUGCUCCUCUCUCUGAGUCUGGCGAGCCUACAGAGAAAUUCUUCAAAAUCAAAGAAGUCAUACAGAAGCACACUCCUUCGGGGAGAGUUCCCAGUACCUUGCCAGAGCUUCCUGUUGCUAUAGGUAAAGUGGCAUACUCAGAAGUCAAAGUUCAAGAAACCAUGUCACUGGCUGCAUUGCUAGAGAUCAGUGGGAAACCCAUUUAUAAUGAUGACAUACUUGCCAUGGAGAAGCUUCCAAUCAACAACGGGGGUGGACAGAGUUUUGGAUUCCUGCUUUACAGGAGCAGAGUUAAUACCAAACCAACCAAACUGACCUUGUCAAGAUCUCCAAGAGACAGAGCACAGGUUUUCUUGAAUGGAGAUGAGGUUGGGGUCUUGAUGAGGAAGACCGAAGAGGAGGAUCGGAGUCUAGAGCUCACUAAUGGAAAAGAUGCCAACAAUGUACUUGACAUUCUGGUUGAGAAUCUUGGGAGGGUCAACUAUGAUAAGGAUAUCCAGACCGAGAAAAAAGGUCUGUUAGGGGAUGUUAUGAUCAACGACAAAAAGCAAGUAAAAUGGGAGAUGUAUCCGAUGGAGUUUACAAAACACUUCAUGGAAGCUGUUUCAACUUCUAAGAAAUGGAGCACAUUCGAAGGGCACGAGAAGCAGCCGGCCCUCUAUAGAGCAACGUUAGAAAUUCAGGAUAGCCAACCCAAAGACACUUUUGUAAAUAUGAAGGGAUGGGAGAAAGGAGUUAUUUUCAUUAACGGUUUCAAUCUUGGUCGUUACUGGAACGUUGGCCCUCAGAAGAAUUAUUAUCUACCAGGACCAUUACUAAGACAGGGAAAGAAUGAGAUCAUCAUAUUUGAGCUUCAUAAAGCAGACGGGACGAUACGCUUUGAUGAUAAGGCAGACUUAGGUGAAGAACAACAGAUAAACAAUGAGGAUGAUAUAGAACCUAUGCUCUAGCCUCUAAAUUACCUGGGGCCCAUCUUACAAAGAUUUGUGAUGAUUCCGAUCAAUCGCAACUAUGAAAAGCCAGCAAAGUCAAUAUAUAAAAUAUAUGUUUGUUAAAAAA